UAAGUCCUAAGGCAAAGAAUCUUGUCUUUUUCCUUUUCCCAACAGGGGCAGUGUGGUUUAUACCUUUGUAAGCUUGCCAUGAAAGUCUCUUCCCAAUAGCAAAUAAAAACUUGCCUUUAGCACUCUGCCUCAUAACUUUGAAAUCAAGUGAUCAGUUUAGUGGGAAAAGUAGAGAGAUCGCUGAAUAAAACUUGUAAUGGAUCAAAUGACUGAUACUGCUGAAACCAUAUAUGUUGCAGUUGGAAAAGCCGUAGAAGAAAGCAAGCACACUCUGUUAUGGGCAUUGCAGAAUCUUUGUCCCACAAAAGUUUGCAUUCUUCAUGUUCAUCAGCCUGCUAGUUUAUUCAACUCGAGUCGUAUGAAUUUUACGGCAAGCAGGCUUCACCAACAGGAAAUUGGAAAGAAGAUUCUAUAUAGGAUCAUGAACGAUUACCUUCUAAUUUGUGGUCAAAAAAGUGUAGAAGCGGCAAAACUAAAUAUAGAGAUGGAUGAUGCUGGAAAGGGGAUUGUUGAGCUAAUUCGUGAUCAAAGUAUCAAGAAACUUGUCAUGGGAGCAGCAGCUGACAAACAUUUUUCAGAGGGCAUGACUGAUCUCAAAUCUGAAAAAGCUCAAUAUGUGGAGCUACAUGCGCCACCUUCCUGCAAAAUUUGGUUCAUUUGUGGGGGGCAACUCGUCCAUCGAAGGCCACUUGUUGAAAAUGGACAAUCAAACCUGAGCAGCUCUGCUUCAAGUUCUAGUUAUUGGACAGGCUCUAACAAAGUGGCUAGCAGUUCUGACCCAUCUGUGUCUGGGACACUAGGGGAGAGUCCAGACUGGCUUGAGUUCAAUGAGGGAAGCGGUGAUGAUAAAGUCUUUGAAAAUCUAGAACAGGCCCUAUUCACCGCUGAAAAAUCAAAUCAAGAAGCAUUUGAGAAGUUGGACCGGCUUCUGAAAGCUGAAAAAGAUGCUCUCAAUGCUGUAGUAAGCCAGGCAAAUGAAAUGAAAAGUUCAUACAUUGGAGAGUUAAGACGCAGGAAGGAAAUUGAAGCAAUGCAUAGAAAACAGAACGAGGAGCUUGAACAAGUCACGCAGCAAAGAGAUCAAGCACGCAAAAUCGCCAGAACUCAUAAGUUAUUAUUGGAGAGUCGAGGUGCCAAAUCCGAUCAUGUUAAAGUAUUGGAAGCUAAGUUAUCAUCUGCAAUGGAGCAGUUACAAAUUUACCAGAGAGAACGAGAUGAUUUGCGAACAAAGCUCGAACGUACUUGCAAUUCAAUUGAAGAUCAUUCAACAAAACAGGAAGAAGGGAGUUCUAAUGUGCAUAUGCAGCAAUUCUUCUCAGAGUUCUCUGUUGCCGAAAUCCAUGAUGCAACUGAGGACUUUGACCCUUCGUUCAAGAUUGCAGAAGGAGCAUAUGGGAGCGUUUAUAGAUGUACCCUUCGUCACACUGAAGUGGCUAUAAAAGUGCUCCAUCAAAAUAGCUUACAAGGGCCCUUGGAAUUUCAGGAGGAGGUAGAUAUUUUGAGUAAGUUGAGGCAUCCAAAUCUGGUAACACUAAUUGGAGUCUGCCCCGAAAUAUGGGCUCUCAUCAAUGAAUAUCUUCCGAAUGGUAGCCUUGAAGAUCGUUUGGGCCCCAGGGAUAGUACUCCCCCAUUGUCAUGGCAAACUCGAAUUCAUAUUGCUACUGAGAUAUGUUCUACCCUUAUCUUCCUACAUUCCUCUAAGCCUCAAAGGAUAGUUCAUGGCAACUUAAAACCAGGGAAUAUACUCCUUGAUACCAACUUCGGCUGCAAACUUAGCGACUUCGGAGUCUGCCAUGUGCUUUCUUCUCUCGAGAAUUCAAACAAUAUGACUGAUAUAGGCCGCAAAUUUCCUUAUCUGGAUCCUCAGUUUUUUAACACAAGAACAUUGACUCCUAGUUCCGAUAUAUACUCAUUUGGCAUUAUAUUACUACAGUUGAUUACUGGGAGACCGCCCUUGAGUAUAAUAGAGGACGUCCAACAUGCAGUAAAUGGAAAGCGUCUUAAUGAUUUAUUGGAUCCGUCAGCUGGAGACUGGUCAUAUGUAGAAGCUGAGCAAUUGACUCGCUGGGCUUUGAGAUGCUGUGAUACUAAUCGAAGCCGUCGACCAGACCUUGCUUCAGAGGUGUAUAAGGUGCUUGAACCGAUUAGAAAUACUAUUGGACCCUUAUCAACAUUCCAUGCAGGGUCUGGAGAGCUUCGUCAGCCUCCUGAUUCUUUCUUUUGUCCCAUUUCAAAGGAAAUCAUGACGGACCCACAUGUGGCAGCCGAUGGAUUCACCUAUGAGUUACGACAGAUACGGAGAUGGCUGGAUGGUGGGCACAAUACCUCUCCUUGCACGAAUAUUCCACUUGCUCAUCGCAAUCUCAUCCCUAACCACGCACUUCGUUCCGCAAUCUUAGAGUGGUAGAAGCAGCAUCACCACCAUUAACGUUGUUCCUCAUUCCAGGAACAUAUUUGAUCAGUUUCCUACUAUUUUUCCCCAUAGCCCAUGUUGUGCUUUUCUUUCUAUGUAGUAUCCUUUAAGAUGGAACCUUCAUGUCGUUGCUUGUUUAAAUAGGAUAUGUACAGUAUUAACCUAUAAAUAUUAUCUGUAUAUAUGCAUAUGUCUAUGUAUGGAUGGAUGAUUUUCCUUAAAUUUACAUUAAAUUUAUAAUAUUUAUAUUUGUUUGGUCU